AUGCCGGAGGUUCUGGCCAUGAUACGUGGGAUUGAACGCAACAUUAUUACGCGCACUGCAUACAUUGCCGAGCUCUCUGAUUUGGUAGAAAGCAUACAUCCACACAAUCAGGACAUCUUGACGUUCCUUGAUCAGGACAGCGAAGUUCCCAGCCUAUUUAUUCCAUUUUUCUGGGUCAACUUUCACGAUUCAGCAGCGCUCGCACGCCUUCCGCGCCAGCCCACCGUCCUCAAAGUGAAGGUUCCAGUCGCUGAUCGAGAGCGUCCCGGUGGUGUUGGGCUGGACGAUCUGCAAGACUUAUUGCACCCUCAGGAUUACAGGCUAGAAGACGGACCCUUUGCUCAACCACCAGAAAACCAGUCGAAUGAUCCGCCAAAUACGCGAGAGGUAGAUUUGAGAGUGGAAAUUUCGUCGAAGUCAUUCCGUUUAACUGAUGUCGAAGUCGGGAAACCGCCUAACCGUAAAUUCUUGGAAUUCUUCUAUACGUGGGGAGGCUUUUACACGCCAAAAGCGGAUGGAUCCGAAGAGAUCUCGGAUCACAUGCGUUUAGGUCAGGAAAAGUACGCCAUGGUGAUGCAGAGGGUAGAGGAAAUCCGCGGGCAGGCGAAGGCCAUGGCUGCAGCGCAACCUGCUGAAAGAAAUGAACCUGAGGAUCUCGUCCCUCCAGAAUUCCCAGAAUCGUCUGCGUCUCUGGAGGAAGCGCAAGCCGAGGCCAUUGUCUCACAACUCGCUUCGCCCAUAGAACACAUUGUGACGGAGGAAUGGGCACCCACUAGUCUUGCUGCUCCUCUCGUCAAGACUGAGAUCUCAGGCGCAGCUGGAAGUCCGUUGACAGAAAGUUUGUUGCCUGCGCCACGGUCCAGGAUAAUGUCCCGCCGCGAGCGAAUACUCGCGCAGGCGCGUGAAAAUGCGCGUACGCCACUACCUGCCGCACUGAAGGAGACCGAUGAGGAGAAGAAGGCCCAGAGGAAGAAGGAUCGUGAGGAGGAGAGAGCGGAAGAAGAGCGGGUGCGCUUGUCGAUGCGGGACAGAUUGUGGAAGCUGGUUGGUGGAAAAUGGGUGUGA